GUCCCGUUUCAAUUUCCACAAAGUAAAAUAAAAAGUACCCAUCUUCUUACUAGUCUUCUUUGUGACAUAUUUGGAACAAACUUCUAGUAUCAUUUGUUGUUCAUUAAGAAUUCUUCUUCAAUUGAACCAUUCUUUGUGUUUUCUGAAUUCCACUUUCAAGUGUUAGUCAUGGCAAAUUUUGGAACCACACAGAGAUUACCCACUUCCUCAACCCCUUCAUCCACUGACAACAACUAUGAAGCAAAAGAUAAGCUGUACCAUGAGUUCAAAUUCAAAUUCUACUGCCCCAUUGAUAUUCCCUCAACAUCAGAAGCUACAGCAGUUAGAAUCCUCAAAAAUUUCACGAAUCUGGGAUUGUACUACACGCUCUUCGUGUGGAUCAUACUCUUCAUAACCCUGAUCCCAGAGCGCAAGGUGUCGUUGAUUCUUUUGGUUAUCAUGACCUAUGUGACAACAGUUUACUGUUUGAUCCUAAGGUCAUGUCCUAACUCUGUUUUGCUUCAUAGGAUCAUUGAUAAGAGGUUUGUGUUGUGUUUGCUUGCAAUUGCAACUUCUGUGCAGCUGGUUUUGACUGAAGCGGGUAUUCAUCUUGCUGUGACUUUGGCUUCCAGUAUGCCUGUGGUUUUGCUUCAUGCAGUUUUGUGGGCUGGAUAUGAUGCCUAUGAGAUUGAGAAUGUCUCUGGUGCAGGUUAUGAAAGUGUAGCUCAGAAUGAAGAUGCUGUUUGAUUUUGUUGGGUAUUACUAGUCUCUUUUAGAGUGAAAGAGAUGUGGAUGUAAUACAAUAAUGUAAGGACAAGUGUUUGUAAUAAGCAUCACUACAUGUAAGAAGUAUUUCCACAUAUAUCUUCAAUAAAACUAGAGAAACAGAAACUUCACUAUAA